AACUACACUGUUCGCCGACCUUGGGAAGUGACAAUAAGGUACAUGAAAUGCAUUCCAACAUGUCCUUUCGCCGUUCUGCACUACAGUAAGUGUGAGAAAGGAUGUCGACAUACACAGUCUCAAACAUACGUAGACACAAAGUUUCCAGCACUCCUAAUCAUACCAUUUAAUUGGUCAUUUUUUUCCAAACAAAGCAGUCAACGGUUGAGAGCCGAUUCGCAAGCAAAACAUUUUCGCUUUUUUUUUUUAUGGCGUGUGACGAGGGCCUCCCGUCGGGUAGACCGCUCACUGAUUUGUUGUGAACAUCGAGAUGUCACAAUUCACUAAAAUUUUAAAGAAUAUAUUAGCUACAGCACAACAGUAGAAUCCUUCUUGUGUUAGCGAUAGAAAUACAAACGCGACUGUUUGGUCAAGUGUAAAGAAAUAAUGGCUUCCAAACGAGUUGACUGCAAUAAUAGUCGGAUGUCGGUAUAAAGGCUGACGUGAAAACCCUUGAUUUUCCGCCUGAACUUUUCGUUUUCUUGUGCACUUUUCAUUCGUGUUAGUCUCGUCGAGAUACUGGUAUCUGAUAUGUGAAAUGGCACUAACAACCUUUCUCUUCUUUUUUUUUCCUUUUUUUUCUUUUUUUUUUUUACGCAUGACCCCUCCUCGCGGCACAGUAACUAUUGAUCACAUUAGGACGCGUGUAACAACUUCAGAAAGUCGCAUCUGCUAAAUAACGUCGUUCAGUUAUUUAAGUGCUGCUUGUGUGGUGAUAAGAUGAAACGAAUGUUACUCUGUGUCUUACGGCUAUGAUUGUUUCAGAAGAUUAACGUAAACGAUAGCCAAUAAAUAAAGUGCGCGAAGUAACCUUUAAUAGUUUGCCAUUUAUUGUCUUAAAUGGACGCAGUGUAGGAAACGCAAAUUUGCAAUCGCUGCAUGAAAGACAACAGGCUGAGUUAAAGGACUGCAUGAGAGAAACAUAUCUCGGAAUUAACACAGCAAUAUUUUUGCGCAAUGUUUUAAAAUCUAUACCACAAAACAACUAACGGUAGUGCUCCGAGCAAGUGACUGCGCAACGAAUAUUUCUUAUAUAUUGGCUAACCUGUACCCGGGCAAUGCUGUGUUUUUCGAGGUCCGCGCUCAUGGCUGAAUUAUUUAUAUGAAAUCAAGAAUUUUAUUUCGCGUAAUUCAUUAUGCCGAGAAUUAAAGCGUCACCGAAAAAAUGUGUUAAGUCACCGAAUCCUCAACAGCCUUCGAAUACAUGGGUAUUGCUCCUUAAAGGCGAAAAUUUGGAUGGGGCAGAUGGGACGCCAGAUAUCGUACAAUUAAGACAUCCACUGUCUGGUGCACCGGCAAUGUUUAUGUUUUCACCAGGAGAUGGAAUGGUGCAGGAGGUUUUAACAUUCUCUGAAAAUAAGAGGUCGUGGUUUAUUGAAGAUUCAGUGAAAUCUGAUGGCAAAAUGCAUUUAUCUACGCCAAUAGACCCAAUAUUUCUUGUUAUACCAUACUUGAGAAAGACAAGUCAUGCUGUGCCUCUGGACCAGCUAUUGAAGGAUGAGGACUACCCUGAGACAGAAAGACUUCUUAGGUCGACUGGCCUGAAACACUUAUCUCAAGUUGCAGAUAAAAAAGGGGAUGAGGAGCUAAAUGCCUACAAGUACAAUGAAGAGAAAGCUCUCAAUUGGCUGCAACGUAAGACAGAACGUGUGGCAGAAGUUCUGAAGCAGAAAGGUGUUCAAGUGAAUAAUGUUGCAACAGCUGCCACCUUUGUUAAAAGUGGAAAAACUGAGUCGGAUGACCCUGAAGCAUACCUUAAGUAUGCCCACGGCCUUGUAUCUGAGUACCUGGCAGAUGACCUUAGCCUGCAGCUACUUCGUAAGCUGGGACUGCCAGAGGAGCAGCCAUCUGAGUCAUCAAAGCGAAAGCUUGCGCCUGCACAACAACAGGCAUCUGAAACAAAAAGGCCACGUCAAGAAGAUUUGCCUAAUGGAGAUGCACUGGACCUCACCAAGCCUGAAAAGGCUGCAAAAACAAGCAUUACAGCAAAGGAAAAAGCUCGUAUGAAGGCUGCAUCAGGAUCUAAAAGUAUUUCCUCGUUCUUUAAGAAGAAAUAAAGUGGUGAAUAAAUGAAUGAAACUGUUGUCAACUUGUAUGUGUUCCUAUAAUUGAAUUUUUUUCAAGUGGGACAGUUCCCUUUUAUAUUCACCAGUUUUUACUGUAAGUACUUCUUUCUUGUGCAAAAACUUGCUGAGAAGAAGAAAUAGUUUUAAGCACUUUUGUGUGGCAGUGACUAGUACCUGCUCUGUAUGUGCAUGUGUGUACAUGUAUACGAGAGAGAGAGAGAGAAUGUGUUCAAAGCAUUUUAAAUUGUGCACAAUAAGUUUGGUAGAUGGACAGAAUCGAAUCCUUGUUUUAUUAUUAGUUAUUGUAAUAUAAAAAAAUUUGGUCUCACUGAAUUAUAGAACUGACAGUUUUCAUUAUCUAAAGAGCAGAUCUGUACACAUAUUUUGAUUGUAGCACCUAAACUCAUUGUUUUGUGGGAACACAUUUAUUGUUUUUGUUAUGCCUUAGAAAGUGAAGAAUUUGUUCUUUUGGUCUUAAAUAUAAGCUUUGUGUUAUCUACUGACUUAUGUGGGACAACUACUUAAAAACUUCCAUUAAUUUUCCAAAAAUCGCUACAUGAAAAAUGUGUUAAAUGUUGUUAAAAUGUCAUAUAAAACUCUGUAAAUACCUUACCAGCUGGUGGUGGGUUGAUACUGGUGAAUUUUGUGUGAGUCUUUGAAUAAGCACAACACUGAAAACUGGAUGAUUGUUGUGAAAUUGACAAAACAUUUGAAUUUAUUACUCUAUUUGUUGGUAGCUGUAAUUGUAUUACAUACACCAUGAUUUUUUAAUAUAUAAAAGAAAUGAAUAACUGGAAGAGACCAGGUAAUUGAGAUCACAUUUUGGUUUUGUAAUAGCUGUGUAACAGGGAAGGUCCAUUUUUAUGCAGUGACUUGGAAAUUCAAAGAAUCUCUGUCAUGUUUCAGAUAUAUUUAUUUGCUGAAGUGAAGAAUCAUAUAACAGGAUUCUGAUUUUAUGCAUCUUUUCAUAAGCUUGCCGUAAUAUCUGAUAAACUGAUUUGUAAAACAUAUUUUUCCUGUAGUACCAUAUUUUGCAGUCUAAUUGGAACAGUCAAAACGUCUGGGUUACAACUGUGUGCAAUGGUUGUGCAAUUGUAGAUGUCCUCUGGCGGUACAUAAAUAUGGAAGCUUUUCAAGUAAGUUAACUGGAGGAUAACAGUCCCUAACGGGGAUUGAGCCCAUUCAGAAAAAAAUCUAGCUAUUAAAGGUUAAACUUAACUGAAAAUAUUUGUUAUCAGAACAUGCAAUGUAAAAGGAAUGAGAUUUUCAAGUGGAUGUGUGCUGUAGACACCAGAAUGUUUCCUUUCAAAAGUAAUAUGCAGGGUUCCGUACAUUUUCAAAGUGGGAGUUGUCAUGAAAUGUGUGUAAAAUAUGACUGAGACCAUGUGUCACCAUUUUCUUCAUAUACUUCUGUAAGUUAUACAACAACAAAAAUCAGUGAUUUGUGUUUCAUGUCUGCAGCUGACUUGUGGUCGUUUACAAAGUGCCGUUAGGUAACUGGGGUCCUGCGGAGGCUAAAUGCCUGACACCGAACCCUUUAAAAUCUGGGAAGUUUGUUUAUGUGUUGUUUAUUCAAAAGAAAAUAUGCAUCUCCAUAACAUGCUGUAUUAUGAUAUUUUUAUGUCCAGUAUGGAUACACUUCCUUAUCUUCACCUAAGAUGAUAGUUAUCACACAUCGGUGUGGUGACCCUUACUUUAUCUGGUCAUGCAGUGUUGCAUGUAAUGUAAUACUGUUGACUGACUGAUACCAUUUCAUACAGCAUCUGAUCAGCAUUAAUAGGUCAAGAAUAACAAACUGGUACAGUGUGCGUAACCUGCAUACACCAAUCAUCUCUGUUUUAAUACCUUAGGCAUCAGGCAGCAGGUGAAGCAGCAGUCUGUUGAUUGACUAUUGCUCUAUAGGACAAUAGAAACCUGUUGUUAAUGAUAGUUUUUUUAAAAAUAUGUGUGUGUGUUCCGUUAAUUACAUCCUUAAUUAACUGCACAUACUGACUUUUGAAAAACCCCAGCAUAAAAUAUUUGUAUUUGGUACGUACUGUUUCUUUAGAAAACUGAUUGUUUUGUUGUGAACUGCACGACUUGACAGUGAUAAAUUGGCAGAAUUGUACUAGAAAAAUUAUAUUUCAUGUCUGAUGAUGCUGACAGAUAUUUUCAUAGAAUUUGGUACAGAUGUAUGUAAUAAGUUACAAGCAUGGAUAAUCAUAAAAGUACUAGUAAUUACAUUUUAACCUUGUUUUUGCUCAAGUGUAGGCAGUAUGCAUUUUUUAAAAUGUUUUUAAUCUGAGUUAUGAAGGUAAAAUCAAUUAUUAGGCACUUUACAGUAAAUUAUUAUUGGAGGCCACUUAGGUCUUUUCAAUGUUGUGUCCACUAUCUGAUGUACAGUUGUAAGAGGUGAAGUGCAUUUUUCACUCUAUAAAUGCGAACAUUUAUAGAAUUGUGUUAUCUCAUUAUGUCAGUAAAUUUCUGUAUUUACAAUUAAGCAGUUGUCCUCAAAUCUCCAACAUAAUUUUUUAUAAAAUGGAAAAAAAAAAUGAUAUAUGGUUUUGGACUGUGCUUGGUUUUGGACUGAGUACUUGUGCGGCGCUUUAAUGGGAUUAAGAUAUUGUUGAUCUGAAAUACUAUUACCUGAAUUUAGAAGAAUAAUUCAUCAUGUUUCAUACCUUAAUGGGAUUAAGAUAUUGUCGAUCUGAAAUACUAUUACCUUAAUUUAGAAGAAUAAUUCAUCAUGUUUCAUAGGUGCCCAAUAUUUUAUCUGCACAGUUCAUUUAUUAAAUGGUUUCUGACUUGGAUCUGGUCAGUAUAAAAAUAGCUGCAUAGUAUGGGAGAGAAAUAAGCAUAAUGUAUUUGUGUAUAGUAAAUGCGUGGAAUAAGAAAACUAUUAUAUAUUGAGACUUUGGUACUAAAUGGAGAAAGGGAUAAGUGAACUUGGUGCAACUAAAUUAAAUUAUGACUUGAAGGUAAACAUUCAUUUAAUCUGAUUUCAGUUUUACACCAAAAUAAAAACUUCUAGUUCAGGAAUAAGAACAAUAUAUAUAAACUGCAUUUGAUAAAUGGAUGUGUGAGAAAAUUUGUCCUAUGAAAACUUUUCCAAUAUGCAUGCUUGGUACUUGAGAGAUGUAUUCCAAGAGAAGUGAUAAAUUCGUAUGAGAUUUGUAGGAGAAAUGAAAUAUUUUAGAAAUAAAGAAGAACACUCGCGGCAAUCAGAAGCGUUCAUUCUUUGAUAGGUGCAUGCAAAAAAAGACGUAAGUCCUUCUUGAGCUAGAGCAUGCACGCAGCAUGCGCCCUGCGUUAUCUACGUCACUAUGUAGGGGCACAACUGUGUUUGUGUGUACUGUAGCUGAGAAAGUAUUUAGUCUGAAAGGUUUUCUGUCCUUUUUUUGUGUGCACCUGUUGAGAACUUAUCACUUCUGGUUUUCAGUAAGUGGUCUCCUUUAAUCCUAAAGUGUUUACAUGCUGCCAAAACUUACCUGCUACAAGUGAAGGUAGAAGAAUGUAUCAGACUUAAGAGUUUUAAAAGGGUGGUGAAAAAAUUCUGAAGGAAAAUCUACCUAUCAUACAGAUAGACUUGGAAACCCGAUGGAAGACUAAAGAUGCUCAUGGUUGGUACUCCUAGAAAGGCAAGUGGCAAAUAUUCUCAUGGAAACAUGCUACCAAAUAAAAUAUUGCAAAGUGGCAGAGGUGAAACAUGCAGCAACAAGAGAAUGAUUUUCUCUAAAAUAACUGGUCAAGUACCAGUGUAGAUACAGUGAUUAAUAUUCCAUUCACAGGUAGUCUGUUGUGAGCAGGACAGAAUCAUGAAAAACUUUACAAUUUUUUUUUGUUCAACCUGUAAUGCAGAAAACAAUUAGAGAACUGUGUUGAGGAUAUCUAUUACAGUUCUCAAUUGUAUCCUUCAGGAAUAUUAAUGCUUUAUAUUUGAUUGAUUUUUAGGUGUUGGGACAAGGUCUUGCUUAAGAAGAAAACUGACUCUUUGUCUGCCAUUAUGAUAUGGCAUUGAAGGUUGUAGUCAGCUGAUUAUAUGGAAACUCAGGCUUAUGAAAGCAGUGAUGCUGACAAAUUUUUAGUGAUGUAAUUAGAAAGUGAAGACAGAAAAGAAUUUAAUGGUUGAUAAGUUGAUAUGAAACUGCUGACAUCUUCUUUAAAAUAGUUUUGUUAUCUGAAAUCUUAUGCGCAUAAGCCUUCCAGUAUUUGAGUUUGUGACUGUGAUUGGAAAGGAGAAAGAUGAGAAGAUUAUUUGGUUCCAGUAAUAAGACUUAAAGGAAGGAAUUUAUUGCUUGAAAUCUGUUUAAAUAAAAGUGCAGAAUCUGGUAAUCAGUUGUGGAACCUUAUUUAGAAAUACAAAGAUAGAAGCUCCAGACAUGAGUACCAACAGAUGAAGUGGGCUAUACUUUUCAGUUGUUAAAUACAGAGUAAACAAUGCCAAAAGGAAAAAAAAAAAAUCUGAAUUUCAUAAUGUGCCAUCAUGCUGUGUUGUGGUACCCCCCCUAAUUUAUAACCAGUUUGCCUUAGAAUUUGACCAUCAGCAGGUAUACAAAAAUUGAUAUUAGCAGCACUUCAUUUGGACAUACAUGGUAUUUAUCAAAUGGCUUGAGGUCUUAAUGUCACCUUCUCUGUACCGUAGUUCCCCCUAGCAUUAUUUUCCUACUAUUAUUAUUAGUUUACAGAAUUGAGACAAAUGUGUAAGAAUCUUUUAGGUAGCAGCUUUUAAGAGACAUGGUAAACAAUUAUUCGUAGUGGUAACAAUAAAUUUCCAUGAUUGUUAAAUAAUUACUCUUAAAAGAACAGCAUAUCCUUGAAGCCAAAGUGUGAUGUAGAGAACAGUGACACUAUAAAAACAGUUCUUUAACUACUGUUCUCAUACUCUUGUUUAAUACCACCAAGUAUCUUUAGAAAGGGACACAUUUCUUGUACCAUAUAUAUACUUGAGUGUGUGCACAUGCCCGCUCCACUUUAUGCCCUAUUUUCCUUUACUAUUCAUUUCCCAGUAGAUUUCAUUCACUUUCUCCCAUCUUGUGCGUUUCUCCCAGCUUAUUCGUGCAAAUUUUGGCAAUUUUCUUUCCUUCAUCACUCUGCUGUGUACUAUCAGAACUGCGUAAUCCAAUAUAAAUAUGGUAAUGAGAUUGUGUGAUUAGUAGGUAGCAGUGGAGAAGGUAAAUGACAAAUGAGCUUGCUAAAAAUAGUAUGGACUUUUUUUUUUUAAGUGAUUGUGGUUCUCAACACUGUUCAUGUGAUUUUGUGGGCUCAGUAAAGUAUGUUAUGGUUUGAUGAGACUGUGAUGCGUAUCUUAUAUCUUUCUGACAAAUUCAGGACUUUUUAAAAAGUAAAACUAUUUUCAUAAGGCCAUACCUUCUAUACGAACGAAGAAAAAAGAACUUGUGGGUAGUUGACUUGUACUAUGGCUACAAAAGAAACAUCUAUUUUUGUAAGGGUAUUUCUUUUACAUGCAUGCACAUAGAACCUUGGGAUGCUUCUUAUGAUUGUGUGUAAGAUUAAAGCUUAUAUUUAGAUUUCGAAAAUGUUCUGUAUGCUGCACCCCUUCCUCCCUCCCUCCCUCCCUCCCUCCCUCCCUCCCCCUCCACCAGGUGUAUUACAACGUUUCUGUAGUAACUGCUUUCAUUGCUGUUGUUACAUCAAAAUUGUUGCAAGAGGAACCCCACGCCAGCCACACAUUGAGAAACCAGGCAACCUAGGACACCAGUUGUAUAAUGCAAGUCCCAUACACCCCUUAUGCUGUGGGAGGUACAGCACCUCACUCUGAACGUAAAUUACGCUGCACUGUUGUAGCUGAAUUGCACCUAUUGAAAUGGGAGAACACAAAACGGCUUUCAUUGCUGAGUCAUCAAUAUCUUGACUUGACACACAUUGGAUAACAAAAAGCAAACAAGCUAGUCACUGUGCCAGGGAGACCCUAACUGGCGGUCACAUGAACUGGAACAUACAACAUGAAGCCAAGAUUUGAUGCGUAAUUUAUAUAAACCCAAGUUUCUAUCAUCAUUCAUGUAGGAGAUAUAGUCUUGUGAAAGCAGAUGUAAUUGUUUCGAAACACCUCAUCAUUCCUUCCCAGUUAAAGAGGCAGGCUAAAAAAAUAUUUGUUUGCUAAUAAUAAGCCUCUUCAGUGAGAAGUUCAAAAAUAUUUUUUUAUAUUAAGUUGAGAUGUCGAUCAAUUUGAAGUUACAGUCAAACUAAAGCUGGAGAUGAUGCCUGUGUUUUUAAAGUAGUCGAAGUAGUUAGUAGAGUAGACAGACAAUCACAGUAUUGGCUUAUACAACAUUAUAGCUUUAAAUAUUUUGUCAGAUAAUGUGCAAACCCUGUUUUUCAUAUUAGUAUACAGGUGCGUAACAGUUCUUUGAGAUCACAGAUAAACUUUUACACCAAACAAGUUGUUUUGUAUCAUAUUUAAUCCAUUUAAGGGCCUUUCUAUUUGGAGAUAAUGAAAGGAAAUUGUGUAUCUGUGAGAAAUGAUAGUCUGAGAUGAUUCCACAGCUUGGCUUUAUGGAAGCACUGUUAUUUGUAGAAUCCAAAAUGGGCUUAAGAAACUGGAAAAAAAUUGUUGAUUUUUUUCUGCCCUCCUUAUUAAUAAUCCUCACCUGUAACCCAUUCACCUUUCUAAAACACCCAUGACUUCCUACUGUGUCCUUCAUUGUAUGAGUUUUAUUAAAAUAUGUUUGAUGUGUAAGAAUGUGAAACUAUUACCUGAAGUAAUACAGGUAGUAGUUUAUUCGUAAUAAAUAUUGAUACAAUAAUAUUGAUAUAGAAGGCAGUUAAUUAAAGAAGUCCCUAUCAUGAAAGAAUUACAUUGGCCUAUACCAUUUUCUUUGCUACAUUAAUUAUGCCCUGCAACAUAUGUAAAUAUGGAAUGAUUUAUAAGCACAGUAAAGAAAACAUUCAGUCUUUUGUACAUAUCUUGGUAUGCUAAAUGGUGGAAACAGGGGUGGAGGGGUGGGGGGGGGGGGGCUGUUCAAAAUAUAUUGUUCAGGCAGAGGAGCUCAAUGCACUAGAGAGAAAAUGCUCUGUAGUUUAUUUCUGAGAGUGGUGGCGUGAUGGCUACAGCACUGGACUUGAAUUUGGAAGGAUGGGACUCAAAUCCUCGUCCAAUCCAGGUUUAGGUUACCUUUUGUUUCCCAAAAAUUCUUGAACGAAUGUUAUAAUGGCUUCUUAGAAAAUGGUGUAGUUUGUUUCCUUUGCCUAAUUGAAUCUUAUGGAUCAUAACUGAAGCCAUUGUCAUUGCUGAAAAAUGAAUCCUUAAUCACUUUUCAUUUUUUUAAAAUUUGUUGCUUAAUAAGGGUUAAAAUAUGCCUCAUAAUACUAUUCGCAAAUGAUUUUAUGAUAAUAAUACAGAGCACAUAAAAUGAAGGAAAGCUUUCUUUAUGAUCUUGGCUCUACAGCCAGUGGUGGUUUUAAAACUGUUCAUAUGAUGGCACAUUGUUAGAGCACCAUAAUGUCUCUUACUUUACUUCUGUCACGAAAUCUGUUUGUAUUGACAACAUUUGAAGUGUCUAAUAAGUGAAAUCAUGUGCUGAAGCAGUGCUGCUUCUGUAUAAUGCUCAUACUUGUUGAAAGCAUUGCCAGUGAAAAGUAAGGAUUUGUUUCCGAGUCCCCUUUCAACGUGUACCUUUACUGUCACAGGAAAUUUCACAACAUAUGCAGUGCUCCUUAAUGAAAAAUACUGCUUGAGAAAAAGUGGUGUUUGUUUUGAAAAUACAGUUGUUCAGAUCACUGUGGGAUCAAGUCAACACAAGACCUACUGUGCCUCUCUCUCACUCACACUGUCCCUGUUUGUCUCUUCAAAUAUUUACAAAAAUAAUACCUUGUAAAGGAUUCAGGCAUUUCAUUCUCCAUCCUUUUCCAGCUGAGAUAUAACCUUCUCUUUGCUGUGUAACCCUUUAAUUCCCAAUAAUAUAUUUAAAAAAUCGAAAUUUUGAUAAAAUUGACCUUUAUCAUCAUAAUAGAAACUGAACGUAAGAAGAAAUGGGCGAAAAGUAAACAAUCAGUUGUUUGAGCUGGUGGUUUCACUUUGACACGACUGGGACACACAGUUUUCAAACAUCCAUCAUUUCAUGAGGUACAUUUGAAAUCAAUUUUGUAGUUGUGCUCUACACAAUCCUACAUCUUGAAACUUCCAUGAACUCAUAGUGCCUAAAACUACUUGUUGUCCUACAUAACAAGCAAAAAUGAUCCAAAAAUUCAAUAAAUUUGUAUGAGAAGUACAUAAUGCUGCAUUGUUUAAUUUUGAAAUUAUUCUUAAAAGCUGUACUACAAAUCAAAUUUACGUUACAAUAACUCAAAUUAUGCUUACUUCCACUCUCAAUGAUUUUGAUAAGAUCACAAAAAAGGAAAAAAACCACACAUCCCAUUCUCCGACAAUCGUGCAGCACAGUCUCUGUACUGACUGCUGUUUGUAUGCUACAAGUGACUGCCACGGUGUGCUACAUUCUUAGAAGUACCUCAACAUGCCACUACUAUAUGUCUCUGUCUUGUAAUAGCAUGGAAACUUUAUGCAAAAGGUAUUUAUACUCCAAGGGUUAAAUACAUGUAAUGAAGUGGAAAUGAGAAUUAGUGACAUGUAUGUUACUGUAGUAAUUUGUGCUAUUAAAAGUGUGGAAAUCAAUGAAUGGUUCAAUGAACCCUUUAAUGAUUGCGAUAAUACUUUUUUUUAGAAUGUCAGGAGAUAAGUGUUGCAGCAAAUUAAUGAUGUCAAGACAAGGACACACAAAUUUGCAGACAUUAAAUUUGAUUAAAAAGAUGAAUGUCAUGAAUGGGGAACAAGUCAGAAUGUUCUAUGAAGUAUUAUAGCUUUACUUGUGUCAUUAAAUAAUAUGUGAUGUUGUCACUAUGCUUGUAAAGGGCUGAUGUAAUGGUUCAUACUAGAAUAUAUGCUUUUAUUUGUUCAAAAAACUGACUUCAUAAGCAUAAGAAACUGGAAAGCAUAAAAGAAGAGCUGCUUCCUCUGACUGUCCAUACUGUUGAUUGUAAACUAAACUUAUAAUGGGCAUGGCCUUGUGAUAUUUGAACAUAUAAUCAAGCAUAGCCAUUUUCGUGUUGCAGUAUACCUUUUAUUUAAAAAUGUUGUUAUAACUCCCACUGACUACUUCUGAAUGCAGCGCGGGUCCACAUUUUGCUUUGUUGCAGUUAAGAGAGACUUGAUUCUAACCCUUAAAGGUUAAAGUCUAGACUCUUUUUGACUUCUGCAGAUAUUUACUUCCAUCCACAUCAACUCAAUUUUUGGCUUAUUAUGUCCUAUUCCAUUUAGUACAUGUGUAAAUGUUUGCACCAGUCACACUUUUCACUUCUGGUUUGAAGAUAAAGGUUCCAGCUGUCUCUUUGUUGAACCAGCUGUGUGGAAAGUCACAAGUAUUUUAAAAUUGAUAUUUGUUGGCAAUUAUUGUAUUCUGUUUAUUUAUCUAUUUUUCUUAUAAACAGAAUGAAAAUUAUUGUUUAAGUAUUGAAUGUGUACAGUUUUAACUGAGUCCAGUGUGUGUACCUGAGAAAAUAAAAAUCAUAAGCAUUUCAUCAUAAUCAUGACAGUAGGAAGCAAAUUGCUGUUCUCUAAGAUUCAGCAAGCCACUCUUAUAUUAAAACAGUGGCUACUAUUUGAUAAAUACUCAAAAGCGUUUAAGUUUAUAGAUGUUUAUACUGUCACUAUUCAGAGUGAUACAUUCGUAACUCUGAUAUCUAUAACAAGAUUUCAAAACUCGGUGCAGUUGGCAGGAUACAUGAUUGUGCUUCUUUGAAUUCAUCUGAGUUGCAAAUAUAAUGACAGUACCUAAGCCUUAAUUAUUGUGUGUCAUUUUAAUACAUUAAAUAUGAUGGUAAUAAUGAUGACAAAGUGGGUGAUUGCAGUAGGGGUGUGUGUGUGUGUGUGUGUGUGUGUGUGUGUGUGUGUGUGUGUGUGUGUAAGAGUGAAAGAGUGAGAGAGAGAGAGAGAGAGAGAAAGAGAGAGAGAGAGAGAGAGAGCCUUAUGUUUUAGCAUUAAAGUGAAGAAAAAAUACUGAACUAAAUUGUGUGAAUGUAUCAUCAAAAAUUUUAAUGUUACAUUGUUUUUGGUCUAAAAAUAAUGCCUUAAAAGGUAACUGUUGAUAAUUUUCUGUAAAAGAGUACAUUUUUUGACUGUGGUAUUUAAUGUCAUUCACUGGUAGCAGUGUUACUUUUUGUUAAUAAUAACAUCAUGUUUAUGAGUUUUUUAAAAAUGACUAAUAAUAACAGAAUCUUUUAUUCAAAUGACUGGUUUUAUUAAUCCCUUGUACUUGCCUAUAUGGUCUGUUAUUUAACUUUUAUGCUCAUAAUUCCAUGUCACUUGUAUUAUUACAUAACUAAUUUAAUUAAAUAUUUACCACUGAA